AUGACGCAAUCGGUCCAAAACGAGCACACAAUCCACCAAUCCAUGCAUGCAGACGAGAUCAUCUUCGAAGCCAAAGGGAGGGGUGCGACAGAACUGGCUUCAGCCAAGGCCACCGAUAUUGACAACUUGGAGGUACCUGGCAUACGUGCUGUGCGAGCAUUUUUCAGGAAGCGGCCGGCCUCUGCUCCGACUUAUCGAGACUUUGCGCGGGGGGCUUCUGGGUACCAACCGGCAACUCUAAGUUUCCAUUUGUUCAACUUCGAGGACGCCGUGCUGGCAAGUUGCGCUCAUGAAAUCGAGCAAGCUACAGGAGCCACAAUUCCGCCCGCGGUGCGGCCAAUUCAGUCGCCGCUGGAUCGAAGACGAAAGAGCCUCGCAGGCCGGCGAGGCUUCUUGCGGAGACAGCCUCCUCAAACGGGUGCAUACCCCGCAGCACAGGCUGCCAAGUCUCCCUCUACGGGCUUUGAUGCGGCGGGUAUCAGUCUUGAAGUUACACAUCGUGUCCGGCAUCCACCACUUGGUGGCCGGAAGGUGUCGACUGGGCCGACCGGAUUUCCGAAAAACCGCCGACCAGCCUCUGCCGGUGCAAGGCUGAAUCACUCGAAGGAGACCCUGCAGGCCCUGGUCACGGCUCCGCACGGCUCCGUUUCAGAGCUUAGACCUGUUGAAAAGGCCGGCGACAGCUCGAUGCCUAUACGUGGCCAACUUGCCACGUUGUUGCUUCCUUGCCUUGAUCCGCCCAAGGCACUCCAUGCUUUGCGCGAGUAUGGCAUCGGCGUCCUUUACUUGCCGCCAAUCAGCUACAGAAGGAUGUUGCAGGCUUCGGAGACACCGUUCUGGAAGGAUACCCUCUCAACCUCUUGGAAGGUGGAUAGUUGA